AGUCGUUGGACGCCUUACAAUCGGGACUUCUCACUUACAGAUAGGUAUAAACACAUGUUUGGAAUAUUGUAGACAAAAGGGCAACGACAAGCGUGCAAAAUGUCGACCAAGAUUCAAACAAUACCAGGUCAUGCUCUGCCUCCGGCGCCUCGGCAUGCCAUUACAACGCACAUUCCAUCGUGGCAGGCCGUACUGCGAUUUCGAGACAGAGACCCCGAACUUAUGAAGACUCUCCACGACAUGUACCCACGCUUCAUCCCGCAUCGAGAUAUCAAGGAGCUCAUGCAGAAAGUGAUCGCAUACACCAGCUCAAAAGAAGCGUGCCUUCUGUUUCCAGCCGCGGAAGCGGCGAAGGCAUGCAAAGCUUUCGCAACGUCUCCCGCUCGUGGCGAUGGGACGCUGAGCGACGACCAGAUCACCAUUCGCGCGUUCAACAUUGCAGACGUGUACGUGUACGGCGUCUUCGUACCUCCCGCAUCGAUGCCUACCAUCUCCGCAUUCUGGACUCAUGCUGGAGUUGGCAUCUCCUCACGCCUCGCCGAGCAUUGCCUCGCUCACAUAGACACACUGCACGAGAUCCAGCUAGACCUGCCACAGCCACGGCUACAAGACGCUUCAUCUCAUGUGCUUGUCAAGCGACGAAUUGCAGAGCUGUUGAACCGCGCUCCGGCUGACCCGCAAAGAACGGCGAAGGUGUCUCCAGAUGACGUGUACUUAUUCCAGACGGGUAUGUCAGCAAUUUACUGGGUCCACAGGUACCUUUUGAGUAAACAUAACUCUUCGUCUGUAUUGUUCGGAUUCGCAUUUCACUCAACGAUACAUGUGUUAGGAGAUUUUGGCCCAGGGGUAGAGUUCUUCGGCCACGGUACGGAUGAAGAUUUGAAAAAACUCGAACAAUUUCUUGCGGCGCAAGCUGAAGAGGGCAAAUCUGUUCAAGCGAUAUGGACGGAGUUCCCUUCGAAUCCAUUACUCGUCACCCCCGACCUGAAGGGAUUGAGGAGGGUGGCAGACCAGUACGGGGCGCUUCUUAUUGUGGAUGACACGAUUGGCAGCUUUUGCAAUGUCGAUGUGAUGGGUGUUGCCGAUGUUGUUUUGACGUCCUUGACAAAAAGCUUCAGUGGGUAUGCGGACGUUAUGGCUGCCAGUGCGGUGUUGAGUCCGUUGUCAGCGCGAUACUCGGAGCUGAAACAGCUGUUCGAAACAUCUUACCGGAAUGACUUCUUUGCUGGAGAUGCGGAGGCUCUAGAGAGAAACAGCAGGAAUUACCUAGAAAGAUCGGCGACCAUGAACAACAAUGCGGCAAGAUUGGUCGAGUAUCUCCAGGAAGGGGCUGAGAACCCGGCGAGCCCUGUCAAGCAAGUGUACUAUCCGACGGUCGACGACACUUCGGAGAAGUAUCGUGCUUUCAUGAGAGCGCAGACCCCAGAUUUUUCGCCUGGAUAUGGCUGCCUUUUCAGUGUCGAGUUCGACAAUCAGGAGACAACGAUCGCCUUCUACGACAACCUCAACGUCCAUCAAGGGCCCCAUCUCGGGGCGCAUCUGACGCUGGCGCUCGCGUACACCAUGGGGAUAUAUGGGAAGGACCUGGAAUGGGCUGCUCGGUAUAACAUGCGGCCGGAACAGAUUCGGAUCUCUGUCGGGUUGGAGGACACGCAGACUCUGCUGGCGGAUUUCAAGAUUGCCUUGAAAGCUGCGAAGAAAUGUGCGGAAGCUGGUCAGUCGAUCAAUGGUGGAUAUGCAGCCGAUGCAGCAUAGAACAGCAGAGAUACAUAAUAUGAUCUAGUGCCAGUCUCUAGAGUUCGUGGGAUGGUCGCAUUGAUUUCAUACUACGUUCCUCUCAGAAGUGUCGUUGCGGCUCCUGUACUGUGUUCUUGCUCGAGUGACAUACCUUUCUGCCUUACCUUGUUGCCUGAUUUAGAUGCAAGUGAAGCACUUCCUCUUGACUCUUGAUAUUCUAAAGUCCUUGACUUUCUUCUCGAAAUUGCACUUGUGGUUUGGUUGGCGGGCCUUCCUUGGAGAGACGCUUGAUAGAUUAAAAGUCAGGGAGUCUCGUCUUCUCCGUGAAUCUUCAAUGAGCCGCUUAUCUGUAGACCCUACAGAUAGCAGGCGAGGGUUCU